UACAGGAUAUCUUGUUUGGUCUUGUCAAGCAGCUCUUCCUCUCCAAUAAGGAUCUGAAAUCAUCAAAACGGAUCUGAAAUCAUCAAAACGGCAACACCCCCUCAAAGUCGUUAUAAUGUCGGCCACCUUGGAUCAGGGAAAGUUCUCAGACUUCUUGGGCGGUUGUCCCAUAUUUGAGAUUCCAGGAAGGUUAUACCCUGUCAAGGAUAUAUACUGUAAUCUGAUUGAGGAGAAGGAUAUGGGUAAAAACAUCACAGUCAACUAUGUAUCUAAGGUCGUUGAGACAGUAAUGGAGACCCACCUGGAGCAGAAGCAGGGUGACAUCUUGGUCUUUCUCACCGGCCAAGCGGAGAUUGAACAGUGCUGUGAUAAACUCUUCCAGAAAUCAGAGCAGGUUGAUUAUCGUCAUGAUGUCAGGGAUCGAACCGUCAAGGCUUUAAUGGUGCUUCCCGUCUAUGGAUCCAUGCCUACUGAAUUACAGCAAAGGAUUUUUGCUCCCUCUGGAGUUGGGGUUAGGAAAUGUGUUGUAGCUACCAACAUUGCUGGAACAUCUCUAACCAUUGAUGGUAUCAGGUAUGUGGUUGACAGUGGUUUUGUGAAGCAGAUGUCAUAUAAUCAUCGGACAGGUCUAGAUGCUCUACAGGUUGUUCCAAUUUCAAGAGCUGAAGCUAUACAGAGAUCAGGCAGAGCUGGUAGGACUGCAUCAGGCAAGUGUUACAGAAUAUACAGCAAAGGUUUCUAUGAGAACUGCAUGAGUGAAGAUAUGAUACCUGAGAUACAAAGAAGUAGUUUGACCAAUGUAGUACUCAACCUCAAGUGUAUGGGAAUACAUAAUAUACUCAAGUUUCCAUUUGUAGAUCAGCCUGAAGAGAGGAUGCUACUAGAAGCUUUACGUCAACUCUACUAUUAUGGUGCUAUAGACAAAAGAGGAAACAUUACUAGCUUAGGUCAUCUGUUAGUAGAGUAUCCCUUACCUCUAUCCCUAGCGAGGGCUGUGAUAUUUUCAGGGGCACUUGGGUGUUCUGAAGCCAUGCUACCGAUCGCAUCUAUGCUGUCUGUGGAGAAUGUAUUCAUCAGGCCAGGUGAUUCUGAUCAGCAGGCUGAAGCACAUAAAGCUCAUCAGAAAUUAGCUGAUAAAGCAGGAGGAUCUAAUGACUUCACAACUCUCCUGGCUGUAUUUCAAAAGUGCAGUGAAAGUGAAUCUCCAUCAAGAUGGUGUAGAAAGCAUAGUAUACAUUGGAGAGGAGUCAAGACAGCUAUGAGUGUACAUAAACAACUUGAGACUAUACUCCAUCAACAGAUGAAGAAUCCUGACUUCCCAGAGGAGGAUAACUCGGGUUCGACCAGCGAUCGUUUGAGGAGAGCCCUCUGUAGUGGGUUCUUUGGUAAGGUUGCUCGGAAAGCUACCACUGGGCGUGGCUACCGCACCAUGGAAGGUCAUGGGAUAGGCGUCUUCCUACACCCUUCGUCUUGUUUGUUUGGGCGCGAUGAUGAGCUUGACUGGGUGAUUUAUAAUGAAGUCUUACUGACAUCCAAGGUCUUCAUGAGGACUGUAUGCCCGGUGAAAUAUGAGUGGGUCAAAGAACUCCUCCCCAGACUACAUGAGCUGGAUGCCUAUGCACUGAGUGGAUGUCUAGCGCCAUCUAGUGAUAGGACUGAAAAUGAAGACUCUGAUGAUGGAGGGACGGAGGAAGAAAGAGGGAGUAGUGACAAGAAAAAGAAGCUGAAAGGUGAUUCUGAGAAUAAAUCUAAUAAGGUAGUCCGCAGGAAUGACGACACAUCCGUCACAGAUGCAAAGCAGAGGUACCUAGAGAGAAAGGCUGCUAAACUAAAACAUUGAUAUCAACAUCCAUACGGUGUGUGGAAUUCUUGAGAAAAAGACAGUUAUCAACAAAAAACUUGAUGUUAACAUCCAUCUCGGUUCCAAGGUUUAGAAAUGGACGUUUGUGAAUUUAUAUGGUGAUCCAAUGGCCGCUUGCGCAAAAGGCGGAUAGGCAAGCAGGCACCAACUCAAUGAGCCAAAUUUUAGAAAAGCUGUUCUUCAUCUAUGAAAUUGAUGUCAAGUUCAGGUACGACAGCAUUUGUUUAUUUCCCAACAGUUGUUUAGUUAAAAAUUUAUCAACAUGGUGUAUGAUAAGAACAUAACUUUAGCUGAAUCCCUUGAUAAAUGGCACUGCCCUGAAACUAAUAUCUUUGGUCUAGGUAUCUCCAAUUACUGAUACCAAAGCACUUAUGUGGACCUGGUGAAUUACUCUGGGUUCAGGUGAAAAAGGCAUGGCACUCCUGAGCCCCGGUGCAUAAAAGUUACCACUAUGGUAACUUUGUCAUCCAAUAGUAAUUACCAUGGUAACAAUGUUCAUCAGCCAAUCAGAAUAAAGGAUUCCAUGAAAAAUACCAUUGGAUGGCAAAGUUACCAUAAUGGUCACUCUAAUGCAACGGGGCCCUGGUUAAGUCUGAAUUGUAUAUGGAUUGGAACUGGACGAUGCAAAGUCCUCACAUAGAAAUUGGACUUCAGUAAGAUGGUAGAAGUACUUGCGAGUUCUGGGAGGAUCAGACAAUGGAACUCCUGUUUGUCUGCCGCUACUACCAGAGCCAUGUCCUAUUUAUGAUCUGGAGAAUUCUAACACCAAAACCAGAUCCUGCGAACUGCAUUAGAAAUAUUUUGUAUCAUGACCCAAGAAGUCAAAGAAGAGGAUAAGUCAUUACUUCAAGUAACCUCUGGGUCCCAUCUUGCAAAGAGUUACGAUUGAGCCAAUCAAUCGUAACUCUAUGGAAAUCCAUCAGUGUCAUAAUUUUUUUCUACAGGAAAUAUGCACAAUGUCCUUUGUAAACAAAGAGAACCACAGUGAAUUUUCCAGAAAACAAUGAAUACAUGAAUAGACAUCAUAGUUAGAAAAUAUUUUGAAGUCAACAAAUUUGCACUUUAGAUGUUGACGUUGCUGGCCAUCCAUAGUUGUGAUUGAUUGGAUCAAUUGCAACUCUUUGUAAGACAGGCCCCAGGUUGUCAUUUUGGAUUUAUGAAGUAUUAUAAAUAUUACAUAAUACGGACUUUACAAAAGACUUUAGUUUUUUUUCAGGGGGGAUUGCAAAACAAAUUUAUCUCUUCAUGUUGUUUUAGAACAAACAUUGUUACAAGUGAUCAUUGCUAUAAUAAGAGGCACUAGAUUAACUAUCAGUCUUUUCAGAGGUGUUUGUGUAUAAGCGUGAUUAUACUGCCUCAAACUGAUAACGGAUAAUGAUAUGACCUGUGCGAAAAAAAUAUUUGUUUCUAAAAGAACUUUGUUAUGUGGUAGCAGGUGUUAUUCGCACCAUUUUGUUCACUAAUUGGGACUGCCUGUGAAUAUAAUGAGCUUUUUUUUUUUUUUCAUAGCCAGUUGACCUUUUUUUGACCAUUUUUUAACAAAAAACAUACAAGCAGCAGCUGCCUUCAUUAUUAUAGCAUUUUGUUGCUAUUAAAAAAAAAUCUUAUCAAUUGCUACUUGCAUGUUUGGUUGGAAAUGAUGUUUGGGUAGUGUAAAAUACAAAAUUAAAUUCUGUAUAACUCAGAAUAUGGUAUAUAAAGUGAAGAUCAGGGAUGCACUCAUGAAAUGAAUUGUCUGACUUUUUAUCAGACAAGUCCUGUUUUAUCUGACAGUUACCAUAGUAACAGUACUACUCAGCCAAUCAGAACCAAGGAAAAUUGUCAGAUCUGACAUCUUGUUGGACAAGAUGUUUGUCUUGUUGGACAUGUUUAUGAAAUUCUCCCCUGACCAAUUACAAGCUGGUUGCUAAGGAAACCACAUUGUGUAUCACCUGCUACAGUGCAUAUGUGGUUGGAGUUAUAUUGCUUGAAUUGUGUAAAGGACAUGAUUAAUUGUCUAUAACUAAAAAAAAGGUAUAUAAAGUGUCGAUCAAACCAUGUACUAUACAAGCUGGUUGCUAAGGAAACCAUGUAGCUUAGUAACUGUUACUAUGCAUAUUUAGUUGGUAAUAUUUUCUUGAAUUGUGUAAAGGAAAGAAUUCCCUAUUACUCAAAAUAUGGUUCACAAAUAUAUAUUUUGGUGUCUUGCUUGCCUUUGCAAUAAAGCCAGGUGUGGGAUGGCCUAUACUAUUAUACCCCCACUUCUGCCCCUCAAAGUUCUUCCAAUGUUUAAAUACAGGAAAGACCAUCUAGCCCCAUUCGCCAGGUUCCGACAAGGCAAAUAGGUAUGACAACAAUAAUUUUGCUGCAGACAGUGACAAGAAAUAUAAUAAGAACAUGACCCCCAAAAUUGUCAUUAUGUUAACUCCAAAGAAUAGAGCAUUCAAGGAACAACACUAUACAUAAUAUCAUGGACCCCCCCCCCUCUCUCUCUCUCUCUUUCAGUGUUUUGCAAUGUCUGAAGGAUUCAUCUCAUAUCACUUUUUAUCACUUAAAUUAUUAAGGUUGAUAAUAAUAAUUAUACAUGCUUAUAUGGCACUUAACACUUACUUUGUCAGAAGUCUCUAAGUGCUUUCUGGUAAUUCAGCAAAAUAACUCCAGCUGUAACAUGGCUGCUGUUACAUGCACUGCGUUCAAGGAAUAAAUUUCUGCCAGGUACCCAUUUACCUCACCUGGGUUGAGUGAAGCAAAUUGUUGGACUGAAACGUGCACGCAAUUUUCACGUUAUUCACCAAGAUCUUACUCCAUCAAAGACAUUUUCAUUAAAAAACAAGUAUUUCUUUGUUUUCUUUUUCAAUACUCUAUAAUAAUGAAAACAACUUUCUACUAUGAAAAAAAUAAUAUAAAUCUUAAUAGUUCAUGCUGUUUUGUUCAACAGGUGUUAAAGGACAAAUGUACACCCACACCCACAAUGCAAAGUCAACAAUCUGUUUUGGAAUACCAAACCUGAUUAUUUUGUUAAAUAGCAAAAAAAUGCAGAAAAAUCAUAAUUUGUUUAUUUUUAGGUGGUCUGUCAGUAUGACCAGUUGAGUAUGAUGUAUCAGAGCACUUCUGUAUUUUUUUAUCAUUCUCAAUUCUUGUGUGCACGAUAUCACAAAAUCUGACAGUUUAAUCUUCAUAGACUUCAUGAUCAUAAGGUCAUAAUUUUUAUAAUAGUUAAGUUGCUCAGAAUCGUAUCCAAAAUGUAAUGGCAUAGCAGAAACAUUUGAUUCUGUAUUGAAUGUUGCCACAAAAAAGGGCGUGCAAAUGCUUUAAUUUCUUAAAAUGACCUGAUCUUGACCUAAGGGUUGUGUGAUGUGAAUAGGGUCAUUUUUUUUAAUCAUCCGUUAUGAAAAAAUAUGGGUGACAUCAUGAUAACCUGAUCACUUAGUAGUUAAACUUAAGUCACAUUUCCCCUACGGCGGCCGUAUGGCGAGUCGAAAACAGCCGUUUUAUUCAUUUUUAUUCAAAUCACCUAUAAUUUAGCUGGUACAAAAAAUAUUUAAACGGCUGUAUUUGACUUGCCGUAGGGGAAAUGUGACAGAGGUAUAACUCUUGUCAUAUCGACUUAAUAUAUGACAAAAAUAUGAAGAAAAUUGACCAGUUGCACAUUGAGAUAUUGUGCACACUUAAAGAAAUAAAGAAAAUUUCUCCAAAAUUAAUUUAAGAGGUUAUUUGUCAUACAAACGACCACCUAAGUAUGGUGUAUUAAGCAGGUAGGCAGAGUACCAACAAAGAAAUUCCUGUACAUGUUCUGUUUCUUUUAAAGUUUUAAUCAUGUCAAACAUCAGUUAUAAUUCGUUAACACGUAAUUCAAAUGAAUGAGUCAAUCAAAAAAAAUUCACAAAUAGGCACAUGUGUGUACAUAAAAUAUAUAUUCAGUGGUGCUUUUACUCUUGUACGACAUAAUUGAAGGUGCUUAAUUAGCACCCAAAUUGUAAUAUUUUGAUAAUUGUACAAUCAAAGUUUGAAUCAAUAACAAAUCAGUGAAAUUCA